AUGGGCAAUUCUCAAUCAGAAAAUCUGUGCUUUUUCAGUGAUGAAGAAACUAAAACCCUUGCUUCAGUAUACAAUGAAAGUGGGUUUGAGGCAGUGAUUCCACUCUUUAAAGAAAAGUUUGACAACCUGGGCACAGAACCACUCAACAUUGCCGUCACAGGUGAAUCGGGUACUGGCAAAUCUGCCUUUAUCAAUGCCAUGAGGGGCUUGAGACCUGGGGAACCAGGAGCAGCUAAAGAAGGUCUAACGGAGCAAACCAAAAACCCAACGCCAUAUCAGCAUCCUGACCUUCCUUCUGUUUACUUGUGGGAUCUUCCCGGAAUGGGAACGGGCAACUUCCCCUGUCACAAAUACUUGGAGAAGGUCAACUUUAAGAAGUAUGACUUUUUCAUCUUGAUCACCGGAAACAGAUUUAAGGAGAACGAUGCACGACUGGCCAGAGAGAUCAAAAAAAUGGGGAAGGAGUUUUAUUUUGUUCGGAGCAGAAUAGACAUUGAGGAAUAUUCUCUAAGGAUGAGUGGCCGCCUGUGCCAUAUUAAGGACGAACUUGAUAAGAUCCGAAGGUACUGCAUUGAAAGUCUGGUUGAGAAUCAAGUGGACUCUCCUCGAGUUUUCCUUGUGUCUAGUAAAUAUCUGCACGGUUAUGAUUUUCUGGAGUUUUGUGAGGUGCUUGAAUCUGAGCUCCCCGAAAAGAAGAAACACGUGUUUGUCCUCUCACUCCCCAAUCUUACGCAAUCUGUGGUUAAAAAGAAGAAGAAGAUAUUGUCAGCAAAAAUCAUUUUGGCAGCCACCGUUGCUGCUGGUGCCGGAGCCAUUCCCAUUCCGGGGCUUUCCUUCGCUUGUGAUGUUAGUAUCAUCGUGUCAGCACUUCUGUAUAUAAGGAGAUCCUUUGGACUUACAGAAGAGAGCCUUGAGAGACUCGCCUGUAAAGUCAACAUACCUGUGGAAGAGCUGAAAGCGGUAGUGGUGUCCCCCCUUGUGUUUGACGUCACACCGGUGUCCGUUACAAAGUACCUCUCCAAGUCUGUGGCUGGAGUAGCUAUGCUGUCGGAUGAGCUCCUCCACCUCAUCCCCAUCAUAGGAUCUGUGCUGGGGGCAUCGGUUUCUUUUACCGCCAGCUACUGGAUGUUAUCCAAAGCACUGGAUGAAUUUGCAGAGUCUGCAGAGAAGGUGGUGAUGAAAGUAUUUGAAUGUAACAAAGAAUUACCCUAA